AUGUCAGUAGAAGUUAAACCAAAAUGCCAAACUGGUAUGUCACUCCCUUUCCCCAGUGGGUAUUUUUUGAAUGAUUUGUGGUAUCCUCUGCACUGUAACGUGUCUUCAUAUGAACCCUUGGCCAAUAUCACCACUUGCCUAACUGGUAAAAUCAUAUAUCUGAUGGGAGAUUCAACACUUCGUCAGUGGAUAGAAUACUUCCCCGCACACCUGAAAUAUCUAAAGUUCUUUGACCUCCAUGGAAAUGGCUGGCACAAGACCUACUUAGCCAUAGACCAAACCAACAACAUCUACGUACAGUGGAAGAAACAUGUGCACCCUUUUGUAACUCUGAGCUUCUUUAACUCCAAGGACUACGCCGAUGUCACUCACCAAAUUAACCAAAUUGGUGGAAACUCGGACACGGUUAUUGUCAUCACACUGGGACUACAUUUCCGAGCUUUUCCUAUUUCUCUGUUCAUCAGAAGGCUCCUCAAUGUUCGCAAGGCCAUAGAGAACAUGUUUUUACGAAGCCCAAAUACAAAGAUCAUCAUCAAAUCUGAAAACACCAGAGAGAUUAAUUUGGAUGUGGAACGUUUUAGUGACUUUCACGGGUAUAUUCAGUAUCUCUUAGUAAAGGAUAUCUUCAGUGGCCUUAACGUUGGAAUGAUUGAUGCUUGGGACAUGACUGUAGCGUAUGGAUCUUUCAAUGGUCAUCCACCAGAGAUCAUUCUUAAGAAUCAGAUCAACAUGUUUUUGUCUUAUUUUUGUUAA